AUGGCAGCAACUUCAUCCUCUUCUUCGUCGUCAGCAUCGGCCGCCGAUCGGGACGUGGAGUCCCAAAAGGGCCAAAAGUCACAUAAGCAUUCGCAUUGGAGUAUCUUGAUAGAUCAAGCUGGUGUUGAUGACGCCGUGCUCCAUCACAAGUAUGCAGGCCAAGGUACGGACGAGGCACCCUACCUCGUUGAGUUCCUACCCACAGACCCUCGAAAUCCUAUGACCUUCCCUCACUUCUUCAAGUGGACCAUUACAAUCAUUUCUGCGAUAUCGACCCUUGCUGUCUCUUUCACAAGUUCGGCCUACUCAGGGAGUAUCCUCUCCAUCAAGGAGGAGUUUCAAGUGUCAAAUAUAGUUGUAAUCUUGGGAGUUUCCAUGUUUGUUGUUGGCUUCGCGAUCGGGCCUCUCUUCUGGGCUCCGUUUUCUGAGCUCUAUGGCCGGCAGAAGCUCUUCUUCUUGACUUACAUGGCGCUGACGGUUUUUAACGCUGCUGGAGCUGGAGCACCAAACAUGGCGGCCCUCAUUGUGUUGCGCUUUAUGGCUGGCGCUUGGGGAUCAUCGCCUCUGACCAACUCUGGAGGCAUAAUUGCGGAUCUUUUUACAGCCAAGGAACGAGGAAUCGCAACCAGCAUUUUUGCCAUGGCCCCUUUCCUUGGCCCUGCUCUGGGCCCUAUAGCCGGUGGGUUUCUUGCCGAAGCGGCAGGCUGGAGAUGGGUGGAGGGCUUGACCGCAAUCUUCACUGGCGUGCUCUGGAUUAUUCAAUCACUUGUUGCGCCAGAGACCUACACCCCUGUAUUAUUACGAAGACGGGCAGAAGAGUUAUCGAAACGAACGGGAAAAGUGUACAGGUCGAAAGUCGACGCCGCAAUGCCUCGGAAAACGCUCUCUGGUCAAAUAAAGACAAACCUCUCAAGACCUUGGGUCCUUUUAUUCAAAGAACCCAUCGUGUUUCUGACUAGCAUAUACAUGGCCAUUGUUUACGGCACGCUGUAUCUCUGUUUUGCUGCAUUCCCCAUCGUGUUCCAGUCCCCAUAUCCCGAGGGAUGGGGUUGGAAACCCGGUGUCGGAGGACUGUCUUUCGUGGGCAUUGCGGUUGGCAUGGUUGCUUCAACGGCCGGGACAAUCUUGGACAAUGCUCGAUAUGGACGUAUAGCAGCCAAGCAUGGAGGUAUGGCGCCUCCUGAAGCGCGACUUCCGCCAGCUUUGGUGGGAGGCGUCAUGUUACCAGUUGGGCUUUUCUGGUUUGCAUGGACGAAUGGUACCAACGUCCACUGGGUUGUGCCCAUCAUCGGGUCGUCUGUUUUUGCUUCUGGCUUGGUGUUGGUAUUUUUAUCGCUUAUGAAUUAUCUCAUUGAUUCUUACGUCAUUUAUGCCGCAUCUGUACUGGCUGCCAGUUCUGUGCUUCGGUCACUAUUCGGGGCUGUUUUCCCUCUGUUCACCUCGCACAUGUAUGAAGAUCUGGGUGUACAUUGGGCCAGUUCGAUCCCGGCGUUCCUAGCGCUGGCUUGCAUGCCGUUUCCGUUCUUAUUCUACAAGUAUGGCGAGAAGAUCCGCCUCAAAUGCAAGUACUCCGCAGAGGCUUCGCGGAUUCUUCAGCAAAUGAUGGCCAAGCAACAAGAUGCGCAAGAAAACGAAGGGGCAAGCGGGGUCGAGGCUGUCGAGAAGAAGGAGAAUACGAGGGGAGAUACCAAGACGACAUUGACGCCUGACAGGAAGUAG